AUGAACUUUACCGAUACCCAAUACCUGAGCACGCUCACCAUCUACUUCAUCGGCUAUGUCAUUUUCGAAGUGCCGGCGAACAUAGUUCUUAAAAAGACGACGCCACAGUUUUGGCUGCCGACUACCAUGGUAGCUUGGGGAAUUGUCGCGACCCUCCUUGGUGUCUGCAAGAAUUUCAAUGGAUUCCUCGUCGCACGCUUUUUCCUCGGCGCUACGGAGAGUGGAUUGUUUCCUGGUGUUGUAUUUUAUUUAUCCAUGUGGUCUAAGCGCUCAGAGACGACAUACCGCGUGGCCCUCUUUUUUUCAGCAGCAAGUCUGGUAGACCGCUUUCCCCUCCACGACAGAAACACAACACGAUUCCGACUCGACGGAGGGAAGAUAUACGACACUCUGCGAUUCUUUAGCAGAGACUUAAUUUCUGGGAAGACCCAAGACUGCUCUGGCCUCGGCUCUUGCGUCGAAGUCAUGGAGAUAGGGUCGUUCCGGACCGCCAUCCAGCACCUCAAAUCUCCUGCACACUCUGCCUGA